CAAAGAUAUAUAGAACCAACCAAACUGUAGAUGUUGCAGUAUACAGUCCUGCUCGCCAUUUGACCCGCUUGUAAAAUUGCAACAGUAGACCAACUAGAUUAAAUUUUCAGUCUGGAUUCCCUCGCUCAAGACGCACAUGCGCGCAUCAAUAUCAAUUAAACUAGACAGGCAAAUAGUAUAUAGUUCACUAACCAGUGACCAGACAAGCCUCAGUCUCAAGUAGAGACCACCCACCAACCAACCUAACCACUUCGGGCUUAAACCCUGCGUGUUAUCACAGCUUCAUCGUACACCUUCCAUGCAACCAUUUCCCCUCUUCCCUGCCCACAAUCAACCCUACUGCGUGCCUACCCAUUGACGAAACAAACAGAGCAAGCAGACUGCCAUAAAAAAAAACCCCCAACACCCACCUCGACACCUAUCACGGCAAAUCGGUAAUGCCCGCCGACACCACCACCCAACAAUGGCGGAGUCCAACCCGCCCAGACGCUCCUCCGCAGUCCGCCGCAACGGAACACUCCAAUCCUGCGAGCCCUGCCGCAAGGCGAAACUCCGCUGCGACCACGCAAAGCCCGUCUGCGGAAGAUGUCUAGUGAAGAAUAUGGCUGCGCGCUGCUUCUACCAUCCUGCGCCGAUGACGAAGAGGGGCGUUUCUGCUUCUGCGAGGGCUAGCCCUGUCGCUGAGGAGUCGGGGCGGCAGCGGCGGCGGCGAAGGCUCGACAGUCCUGUGCCGCUAGUGACCUCGGAGGAUGUCUCGCUCAACGUCACGCCCUUAGACUCCCCGGAGCCGUUCCUGGGGUAUAUGGGGUCGACUAGCUACUCUGCUGUUCUACAGGAGCAUAGAGAUGACCUCCCGUUUGAGCUGAAUAAGAUCUUUUCAACAGAUACACCUACUCGAUCAUCCGACGCCGUGCAAUCGACCAACCCAGCGCGUCUCCAGUGCGGCCUAGAUCUACUAAAGCUCCUCUACAGCCUCCCCAUUUGCGAAGCUUUCAUCCGCAAGUUCUACGCCUGGUCGCUCGUCGCUAUCGUCCCUUUGAUCUUACUGGAAGCUAUUAUGGAGUCGUUGAGAGUAAUAUUCGACAAUCUAGAUACAGCGAGCGAUGUCGAAACGCAGCUCCGAGCUGUCGCGCAUCGCAUAUUCGAGAGAUCGUCCCGGCCUUUGACUAGUAAUGGCUCUAUGAGUGUCAGAGAGUACUGCGAUAGUUUCACCGGCGAUAAUCUCCGCUGGGAGGCGUUGGGGAUUAUCUUCGCGACGGCGGGGAUCGCAUCCAUGGUCACUCCCGAUAGUGAUCCCGAGUUUGUGGACGCGGCUGCCGACGGCCGAUCCAAGGACCGGAUUCGAGCCCAGAUCGUGGAAGCAAGUAAUGUUUGCCUGGAGCUGUGCGAUCACCCAGCGGCCGUCAACGAACUGCUGGUCUUUUACCGAUACAACGACGUUAUGCUGAAGACUCAGCAAUACGGCGAUACCAGUUUCCAAGCCUGGCGCCGCCUAAGCGACCUCGCGUCGACAGUCUACGCCGCCGGCCUCCACCAAGAAAGUAUACGAGCGAACGACUGUCCGCCCUUCCUGCAGGAAUGGCGCCGGAUCUGCUUCGCCGCGUCGUUCUACGCCGACAAGUGCGUCUCCACAUUCACCGGGCGUCCGCCGUGUAUCAAUUAUCGAUACUGCACGUUGACGCCUCCGCUGGACGUGACAGAGGAUGAGCUCGUAGCGGGGGGCGACACUUUCACCCAGGCGGUUUCGCAGUUGGAUAUGGCGGGGUGGCAUCCCCGUAAGGAGUAUACCCGGGCGGGAAUGAUCCGUCUGCGAUUCCUGGUUGCCGUGUUUCGGGAGAAGGCGCUUGAGAUUGCCCUCGGGACAUGCGAGCACUGGGAUCUGGUGCAUAAGGCGAACGAAAUCAUCGACAAAGCGCGCGCAACGUGGGAAGCAUGCCCCGGUCGAUUGCGCUACGAUGCGCGCGCGAUGCACGAUACUGAGCCGUACGUCGAAUCCUUCACACUGCUCCACAUCUAUCUAGACCACCUGCACACGAUCUUCCUUCUGCAGCGGUCGGUGGUCAAACAGACGAAUUCCGGCCACGACGCACUGUUCGGUACGUCGCGACAUGUCUUGUCGAUCAUCACGCGCAUCAGCGCCGAUAGGGAUCCCGUGAUGGAUAUGACGCGGCAUUAUGCUUGGAUAACACUCUACUACGGCCUCCCCAGCGCCAGCGUCCUAAUGCUCGAACUCCUACACCAAACCCGCGACGUCGGACCGCGGACGGCCGUGCUUCCCCGCGCCGAAGUCAUCCGCAAUCUCAGCAUCUUCGUGUCGAGUCUCUCGUGGGUGGCGCGGCCGGGGCAAGGGAAUUACCACACGUGCAAGGAGGUCGAGAAGAAGCUGUCGCAUAUCCUGGACCAGAUUCUGGACCCGCAGCCGAUCCAGGGGGAGGUGUUUGACGAUGCGACGUCCGGGUUGUACAAUUUUCUGGACUGGUAUAAUCCUAGUGGGUGGGAUUUUGGUUGGGAAAAUCCGGCGUCGGUGGAUGGGUUUUUAUCGCUGGAUGGGGGGUUGGUUGGGGGUAAGGCGUUAUGA